CGUGUGGAUCGGGCAGGCGGAGGGCGGUCUGGCGGAGAGCGGACAGGCGGCACCGCCGGAGGCUAGCAGCGCGGUGCCGGCACCGGCGCGUGCGGGCGGGUGCGGCAUCCGGCAGGGGCGCACGCAGCGCGGGUGGGGCAGGCGGCAGGCAACCGGUGGUGGCGGGCAGCGCCGGCGCCCGGCGCGUGCAGGCGGGUGCGGCAGCCAGCAAGGGCGCGUGCGGCGCCGCGGGUGAGGCAGGGCUAGAGGCGGCAGACUGCUUUGUUCAUCCGGUCAGAAAUGAAUCGGAAGACCAACAAAAACAAAGACUUGCGACGGCUAGCUGGCUGGCUGUCAUCACACAUAGUUGACUUUGCGCAUUUGGUCGAUACUGGUAGUAUCCAAAAAAAAAAAAUCAUCCUUAUUGAAUACACGCAAUUAGGACCGGCCCUGCAGAUCAUAGUUAACUUAAGCACAUUGUGUAGCACGUAAAUAAAAAAAAUGACUGACAAAACGGUCGAGUCAUUAGUAAAGACACAGAACAUUAUAAUUAAUAAGCCAAGAACAAAACUGAUCAUAUAUAAGAGACGAACGGUGGCACAGAACACAAGCACACAUAUAGCUAGUUUGCAGAUGAGAAAGAUCGAGACAAUUAAAUGGGUCUGUCAAGUGCUGUGCAGUGGUGGGAAGAAUGGCAGCUACGCAUCCUCGUGCUGGCCAGCCUCGCCGUCCAGUGCUACCUGGCGAUGUUUGCCAGUGCCCGUAAGAAGCAUAUCCGGGCCCUCUUCAGAUUCAGCAUCUGGCUGGCAUACCUAGGCGGCGAUGCCCUUGCCAUAUACGGCCUCGCGAUGCUUUUCAACCGUCAGAAGAAGCCGCAGUACAAAGCUGGUAGCCGUGACCUUGAGGUCUUCUGGGCGCCUAUCCUGCUCAUCCACCUCGGCGGACAGGCCUUCUCCAUAUCCGCCUUCAACAUUGAGGACAAUGAGCUAUGGAGACGGCACAUAGUAACCUCUGUGUCUCAGGUGGCAGUAGCUCUGUAUGUAUUUAUCAAGUCUUGGUCUCCCUCAGCUGACCAGAGGUUACUAGCUGCAGCAAUUGUGCUUUUUGUUAUUGGGUCUUUCAAAUGCUUUGACAAGCCAUCGGCUCUCAAGAGGUCUAGCUUUAGUAGCAUAGUCAGUACAUUCAAUCCUUCACCAAGGACCGAAAGUACCGACAGAGAAGUAGAAAGUGAAGAAUACAUACAAAAAGCAAGGGAUUUCAUGCAACGCAAUGAAGAAACAAGAAGAAGCAGUAGCCCUGACUCUAACUCAACAAUCUCUCAGGAGGACCUUGAAAGAUUGGAGAAUCUCUCUACGCCUGACAAGCUAUUUGUAGACUUUGCAUACUCUUUUCCUAACCGUCUCACUAAACUGGAAUCCUUCUGGUUGCUGGACACCCACAAAGUCUAUGCCUAUGGAGCAUUAUGUAAGGGACUCUCCAAAACAUUUGAUCUUAUUUAUUCCAAGGUUUGGAAAGACGAGGAUCAAAAUACCCCUCAACUACUAUGUGGUGACAUCCUCUCUGGCUUUCUGUGGUUAAUUACUUUAAUAGUGCCAAUCGUGCCCAUUGGCCUCUUCCACGGUAGCCACAAAGAAGCUUACAGAGGUAUUGACACCAAUGUUACAUUUAUAUUGUUGUAUGUCACUUAUUUUCUGGAGAUUGCCACCACCAUAACAUGGUCAUAUUAUUUGGACAAUGGAUGGUCCAAUGUGGUUUUCCAGCACAAUCUUAUAGGGUUCUUAGCCCGUAAGAAAAGACAUAAAAAAAUUAUGGCCAUCAUGCAUUUCUUACGAUGCAAAGGCCUGCUUGACCAGUAUUUUCAGCUGGAACCAUGCUACUCGUCCAAGGACAUUACAGACUUAGUUUCCGAACAUGCUAAAGAUGGAUGGCUGAAUUUUAUAAUGGAUCUUCAGAGCUAUUCGAGAUUCAAUGAUAGCAGGGGCCAUUGGACACUCGAGCGAAAUAAAUGUGAAGAAAUAUUUAUUCAGCGGAGUAUAGAGAAGCCCUUUGACGAAAGCAUUAUUCUCUGGCAUCUAGCCACGGAUUUUUGCUCUCAUCGUAUGGGCGCAUCACCUGAUUCUGAUGAGUCUGCCAACCGGUGUCGACAAAUCUCCAACUACAUGAUGCAUCUUCUGUUCGCUAAUCCUGAGAUGUUGUUGCCUAGCAGCAGAAGGGUGAUGUUCACAACUGCCUACAGUGAACUGGAGAACAUCCUGCAAGGUGAGGAUGUAUCGCUCCUGGAUGAAAAAGAACUUACUGAGAAGAUCAUUGACAGGGCAGAAAAUGCAGAAUACAGCUUUAUUUCUGACUCCUGGACUCUUGCUAAGGAUCUGAUGCAAUUAGGUGAUGAGAAGAAGAUGUGGAGAGUAAUCAAAGGUGUAUGGAUCGAGAUGCUGUGCUUCUCUGCUGGUAGAUGCAGGGGCUACCUGCAUGCCAAAAGCCUUGGCUCCGGUGGGGAGUACCUCACCGUCGUCUCGCUAGUGAUGUCGUAUGUUGGAUUGGAGACAUUCGCGGAGCGGCAGCAGAGAGUGCAGCUUUGGCUAUCCAACGAGGAGAGGGUCAGCAUUGCAAGGCAAAACAUAGAAGAUGCAAAAAACCAAGCCGACGCUGAUGCGUCAGCUGAGGUCCAAGUUGUUGUAUCAUCCUAGCAAAUAUAAUUUUCUUUUUUGGUUUUGUUGUAACUUUCUCUCAAUGCUUUGGCCACCAAUUAAGCUCCAGUGUCAUAUUCAUUGUUUCGGAUUUCUUUUCUAUUAUUUUCUACGCUUAUUGUAAAAUUUGUGUGAGUCUAUUAUCUUGUUUUGUUGUUGGUAGUGCUCUAUGGCUGAA